AUGGAUGCCAUCGUGUUUAUUCAGGUCAAAACGCAAAACAUGGGAGUGGUGGAAGUGAAGGAUUUUUUAAUUAACUUGGCUGUGGCAAUCAUUUCACUCUAUAUUCGCAUAUCAAAUCUCAUGCUUUACACCCAGAAUGUACUGCACACAGUGGAACCCAGCGCUCGACCCCUCCGACCCCAGCCGGCGGUUCUGGGACAGAACCCUUUGCAACCUGGUGGCUCCGCUGCUCCAGAGUCGCCAGCGGCCUGCCGCCACCGGGCCAGCCGCCACCCUUCUCCCUCGCAAGUAAGUGCACCAGAAUACCACCAGAACUCGGAGGCUGCCAUCAACCUCCAGAUCAACCUGGAACUGUACGCCUCUCUGUUUAUGUCUUGCUACUUCGACCAGAUUGAUGUGGCUCUGAGGAACUUUGCUAAAAACUUUCUCCACCAACCUCAUGAGGAGAGGGAGCAUGCUGAGAAACUGAUGAAGCUGCAUAACUAGCGAGGAGGUAGAAUCUUCCUGCAGGAUAUCAAGAAACCAGACCGUGGUGACUGGGAGAGCGGGCUGAACGCAAUGGCGUGUGCACUGCACUUGGAAAAGAGUGUGAAUCAGUCACUACUGGAACUGCACAAACUGGCUACUGACAAAAAUGAGCCCCACUUGUGUGCCUUCAUUGAGACGCAUUGCCUGAAUGAGCAGGUGAAAUCCAUCAGAGAACUGGGUGACCAUGUCACCAACUUGCACAGGAAGGGAGCCCCUGAAACUGGCAUGGCAGAAUAUCUCUUUGACAAGCACACCCUGGGACACAGUGAGAGCUAAGCUGAC